AUGAUUAAGCUGCACUUAUGCUUUAACGUCAGAUGUGUUAAAAAUCAUUUGACUAAAGGAUGGAAUGGUGUUAGUGGUGGUGGACGGAGAUUCGAUCUAGUUUGGCUUCGCACGGUCAUCUCUCUAGUCCCUUCACAUAUCGCCGGAUUCCAACAGUUUUUUUUUUUUCUCUCCACAGAUAAUGCAAUACCUAUUCGUUCCUGGUUCUCUGAUGCGCAUGAUACUGCAUUGCUUUGUCUAUUACCCAUCUUGGAUGCGCUAAGAUUUGUGAGUGAUGUACGAUCUGUAUUGAGUCGAAACUUGCAUCGGCCUCACUCCAUGCUGUCCACAUAA